AUGAGGAACGACAAUCAGAGCAGUGUGUCUGAGUUCCUCCUCCUGGGGCUCCCCAUCAGGCCAGAGAAACAAAGCUCAUUCUACACCUUGUUUCUGGCCAUGUACCUGACCACACUGCUGGGGAACCUGCUCAUCAUCCUGCUCAUCAGGCUGGACUCGCGCCUCCACACCCCCAUGUACUUCUUCCUCAGCCAUUUGGCCCUCACUGACGUCUCCUUCUCAUCAGUCAUAGCCCCAAAGAUGCUUUUUAACAUGCAGACACAGAGCCAAUCCAUCUCAUAUGCUGGGUGUGUUUCCCAGGUGUAUUUCUUCUUAUUUUUUGGUGAUAUUGACAGCUUCCUUCUCACCUCCAUGGCCUACGACAGGUACGUGGCCAUCUGUCACCCCCUGCACUAUACCACCAUCAUGAAUCAGAGCCUGUGCUUCCUCCUGGUGUUUAUGUCCUGGGUCUUGUCUGUUGCCAGUGCCCUUUUGCACACCCUCCUCCUGACCCGUCUCUCCUUCUGUGGAGACAAUGUCAUCCCCCACUUCUUCUGUGACCUCGCUGCCUUAAUCAAGUUGUCCAGCUCAGACACCACAGUCAACGAGCUGGUCAUUCUCACCGUGGGAGUGGUGGUCAUUACUGUGCCGUUCAUCUGCAUCCUGGUCUCCUAUGGGCGCAUCGGGGCCACCAUCCUGAAGGCCCCCUCCACCAAGGGGAUCUGCAAAGCCUUGUCCACAUGUGGCUCCCACCUUGCUGUGGUGUCUCUGUACUAUGGAUCAAUUAUUGGUCUGUACUUUUUACCCUCAUCCGGUAACUCCAAUGAGAAGGAUAUGAUCGUGGCUGUCCUGUAUACUCUAGUCACCCCCAUGCUAAAUCCCUUCAUCUACAGUCUAAGGAACCGGGACAUGAAAGGAGCUCUAGGAAACAUCCUCACUAAAGGAAUAUUUUCACCAAGAUGA